AUGAAUGUGCACGAAGUGGAGGCGUUUGGAAAGGAAAUGUUGCGAGCCUUCCAUGUUGAGUUAUUUGUUCACGGUAAUGCAACCGAACAGGAAGCAUUGACACUCGGACAUGCAGUGACAAAGACGUUGCGUGAAUCGUCCAAGAGUCGUCCACUAUUUAGAAAUGAAUACACUCCUAUGAGGGAGCACGCUCUAGAAAACGGGGAUGCUUAUGUAUAUCGACAUUUCCAAAACACUCAUGAGGUGUCAUGCGUUGAAGUUUUGUACCAAGCAGGAGUUCAGGCCACGCGGGAAAAUGCUCUAGUUGAGUUACUAGUGCAGCUUCUACGUGAACCAGCCUUCAAUCAGCUAAGAACAGUGGAACAGUUAGUAUUUUUGAAUAUUUGA